AUGUCUGCAAAUUCACAAUCGCAGCUGCUUACUUCUUUUACCGGAGGAAACAAGAUGCUUGAAGCGACCUCGAACGACAUUUCUUAUGGCUCUUUCGUAGCCGCCGUCGACGACAUCCACAAAUAUUCUGCGACAUCUGGUAGCACAAGCUCGUCCGAAGCUGCUAGAUCAAAUCUACUAGUUGCUGUUCAAAAUCAUCGUCUUCGGAGAAACAAUGUGCGCAGCCCGCAGCCUGCAUUGAACUCCUCUUUUCUUGGUGUUUCCAGCCCAGUUGACUCUUCUUCUGAUUGGCCUCGACAGCAGCCCUGUGCAGCCAAUAACGAUGACCGGGCUUUCAGCUCCUCUCAUCAAGGGUACAGCCUAGGCCACAGCCGUCGGCCGCAGUAUGGAACAGAAACACGCAUAUCAACACAAUAUGGACCCCCACACGGUCAUGAGCACACGGGUCAAGAACUUCACCGUGAUGUCCCGUAUCUUGACAAGAAGUCUAUACCUUUCCUUCCAAGAGGUUUACUUUCAGAUCCACUUCCUUUGCCUGGAUCAUCGCAUACCUUUGUAACCGAUGGUUUAUCAAGCAUCCCAGCCGCACAGCCUGCCUUCUCUCCAGGGCAGCUAUAUCAUACCAUGAGCUACAGCCAACCCAGCCCAAGCGUCUAUUCUAACCAAUCCUCUCAGGAUGGUGCUCUCUCAAUCACUACCUCCAAUCCUAGCGACGGGAAGGAUGCAAUGGCUAACAUGCCCAUGCCGAACAUUCCAGAAUAUGCUCAGGAAGGCUUUUAUGGAAAGUCAAACCACUUGAUACAUGACGUCAAGACUCAGACAGAUAUCCAGGCCAUCGGAAGUGCUGAAUUCUCCUUUCCACCCAGUGUUUGGCAACAAUCGCCAAGUGUCGAUCCAAGCACUGAGUAUCCCUCAUCGGAGACUAACUCCAGUACUGUCUCUCGGGGUAAAGGCAAAGGCAAGCGUCGGGCUGCAAGUAUAACACGGCCCCAUCGUAUUUUAGAUCCGGAUCCUCAUCCCUUUGGAAACCGUGGAGCCCAUUCCCAGGAUCGGUCCCAGAAUGCCGGAAUAUCAAAGAGGCGUCCGUCAAAUGGACAAGUCCAUUUGCUUCCCAAACCUCGACCACAUGCGGUGGCUGAUGGAGGUGGUGUAAGUAUGGUUGCUGGAAAGCCAAUGCCAAAGAAGCCCCGCGGGAAACGCACCGGGCCUUUGCAUGAGGGGGGACGGCAGCUCGCAACCAAAAGGAGAAACGAGCGGACCGUAUGCAUCGGCUGUAAGAUGGCCAAAGUUUUGUGUGAUUUUCGAGAAGAUGGGAAGGCCUGCUCGCGGUGCUCUAGUAGCAGUGGUAAUGCCCUCAAGCCGUUUGUAUGUGUGCCUGCGAGUUUCAUUGACCUUGUUCAACAAGGUAGCACCGUCUUACUUGCACUCCACAUUAUCUAUCCUCUCUCCGCCAACGGCUUCCGCGAACCAAUUGAGCUGCCUUCAGAAAUACAUGUAAGGCAAUUACUCCACAUCAUGGACGAACUACGAAAAAGUCACCACACGAUCCGCGUAUAUGGAAGACAGGGAAUACUCUGCGAGCUUGACCUCCACGCCUGUUGGAUCUAUAUCAACUCCAACUGCUCCCCUACAGUGCAUCCCUUCCGACAAUUCAUCCAUGGACUCAAGGUUCAAAAACAGGAUACGUGGAAAACAUGCAUUCGAGAUGGCUACGGUCGGCCGUUGAACAGAGCAAAACUGUGCGAUGCGCUCCUCGCGUUGGAUGACAUGGCUCCUUGGAACACAUACACUCUAAGAUCAACGCCAAACAAUCUCCGUGGGCCGAUAGAUGAUGAAUUCGAGACAAUCCUUGCUCCAGAUGAUCCAUACCAAAGACAGGUUAUCAUCGCUGCAGCCCAGUUGUCACGAAUAAUAGGGCGUAAGAUAGAGCUCGAAUUCUACGACCAACUCAAAAGGGACCUUGCCAACCCUCGCAUCUGCCAUGAAUUGGUCCUCGAUGUUGGCCACACACUUAUGUCUCUCCGCCGCCGCUUAACCCUGUGGACUUGCCAUUGGGAAAGUGUAUCCCCUUCCACAUCGCCCGAGCCUGAAUCGAAUGUUGAUGAUGGUAGAGAUGGCGCUUCUAGGAGCCGCCUCAAGCACCUCUGCCAGGUACUCUACGUUUAUUUCUGCUACAUGAGACGGCGAUUGCCCGCUAAUGAGCAGGAAAGCAUACGUAACAUGAUGGUGCUGUAUCCUGAGGGAGAAGAAGAGGUGCAGGAGAGCUUCCCACAGUACGAGAGCAUUGACGGAUUUGAGGAGUGGCUUCAGUUUACAGAUCAGCCAAGAUCAGAGUCGGAUAUGGACAGCGAUCAGAUGCAAUAA